AUGGUGCUAACAGCUGUGCUCUCUAUGGUUCGCUAUAUUGGCGACAUAGAUGAUUGGGAUUUCGUGGAUCGUUUGCAUAGCUAUUUCACUACAAACAUUCUUAUUGCAUUUUCUAUCCUCGUUAGCUUUAAACAGUUUGGUGGAAAACCUGUAGAGUGCUUAGUGCCUGAUAUCUUUAGUGGAUCAUGGGAACAGUAUGCAGAGAAUUAUUGCUGGGCUCAAGAUACGUACUAUAUACCAAUACGUGAAGUGGUUGCUGGUAUACCAACGACGGAGAAAAAACAACGACGUAUAUCUUAUUACCAGUGGGUACCAUUCUUUUUAUUAAUUGAAGCAGCCUGUUUUCGAUUGCCUAGUCUUGUGUGGAAGUAUAUGGCUGGACAUUCUGGUAUCAAAUUGCACGAAAUUGUCAAAUUAUCGUCAGAUCCGAACAACAUCAAACCGGAAAUCAAAAAAGCCAAUAUUAAAUCACUUACUCUACACUUACAUGGAGCUUUAAGAUUUCAUCGAAGAUUACGGAAGAAACAAAUUGAUCCACAUCGUUAUUUAAGAAUCUUCAAUAUACCUUACACAGCUUCAUUUGUCACUUAUACAUAUGUAUUUUCCAAAUUCCUUUAUCUAGUCAAUGCUUGUAUUCAGCUGUUAAUCAUGAACAGGUUUCUUGAGACAGACCGUUACAAUUGGUACGGUUUGGGGGCAGUACUUGAUCUUCUGAACGGUACAACAUGGGAGAAGUCGGGGAUGUUUCCACGAGUGUCAUUAUGUGAUUUUGAUAUUCGCGUGAUGGGAAAUAUUCAAGAGCAUACUAUACAAUGUGUCCUCGUUAUUAAUAUUUUCAAUGAGAAAAUUUUUAUAUUUUUAUGGUUUUGGUACUUGGCUUUAAUAAUUUUUACAACUGGUAGUCUAAUGUUCUGGAUUGCUGUAUGUUUAGUGCCAUAUCCUAAUCGAAAUUUUGUUACCCGUCAUCUAGAAAUGAGUGAAUUGCCUUUCGAUGCUCAAGACAGCGAUGAGGAUGUGGAACGAUUUAUAAAUAAGUACCUAAAAAGUGAUGGCAUGUUUGUGAUCCGGAUGAUAACACUCCAUUCUGGUGUUAUUUUUGGUAAUGAACUGAUAUUUGCAUUAUGGAAAUCAUAUUUUGGUAUUGAACCGCAUAUGCGGCGCUGCAGCUCUUUUCCAGCUAGCACUAUGGUAUGGUCACCACCUGCAGACAAGCAGCUUGGCGAUCUUGAUCUUAGUGAGUUCGAUAAUGAUUCUAACUUUAAAUUGUUCCAAAAAAAGGUUGUUGAAAAAAAGAAUGAUCCAAAUGCGAUGGAGACAACGUUAGAUGCCACAAAAAGUGAAGAAAAUCCACUGUUAUUUACAGAAAAAAUUGGUUCGAUGAGUUUUUUUUCAAGAGAUACUUUCGAACAUUCGAUUUCGAAAUCCCGAGAAAAAGAACGUCGAUCGACAAUAUCCCAUGAACAAUCAUUUGAUUCAGAAGCGGAACAAGCAAAGAAAGGAAGGUUGUUAGAGCGACAUCAUCAAGAUGUGGAAAUCCCAAAACAUCCAAGUAAUGAGGAAAGUGAAGUGACCAAAUUAGCACGUCAAGAAACGCUUGAGUAUUGUCGAGAUAAAUUGAUCAUUAAACCGAAGAAAAUACCUUAUGAUCAGAAACAGCAAAAGAUAUCACAAGGAAUCACAAAGCAAGGAUCAGACUAUCCAACCAUGGAAGAUAUAUGCAGUGAUUGGGAAUCGUAUGACGAAACAGAACAGAUGACCCAACAACCAGAAACGAAGGCCUAUCAUGAAUCGAUGAAGCCGAUUUUACAGCAACAUCAAACAUCGAAAGAGUCUUCUCAUCAAUUACAUCAACAACAACAACAACAGCAGCAAUAUCAGCAAACUGCACAGUAUAAUCAGCAAGUUCAACAUUAUCAAACUCCACAAAAUCAUUACCAAAUUAAACAACAUCAGCUAUCCAAAACGAGUAAUCUUAUGCGAUUUCAAAAUAAAUCAAUCGAAAAACAGCAAUUGAAGAAGAAAUCAAAUGUAUAUUUGAAACCCGACAAAUAA